AAGACCCUUGAACCUAGCUAUUGUUUGUUUAUUAUAGAAUGUAAGGAAAUAAAUCAAGAUUAAAAAAAAAAACAAACUUUCUGGAGCAGAAACCAUAAUUGAAAAGAUUAUUAUUGUAUUUUUAUUUAGUAUGGCGGGGACUAAUCAGCCGAAGGUUGAAGACUCAAGUGAAAACGAGACAAUACCAUCCCAUAAUGAAGGCAUGGCAGAAACCGGUAGGAAAAUAGAGAAUCAGCCAAUGGCUGUGAUGCCAAAUUUAAGGAAGCAAAGCGCCAAUACAGCAUCCACUCCUGAAGGUAUAAGAGUUGAUAUGUAUUUUCAUGCACCCUAUUUAACUUCAUCGUGAUGAAUGAAUGGAUCAAUCAAUUUCUUUUUCUUUUUUUCUUUCGAGGAGAAACCAAAAUUGAGGAAAGAAGAGCGGGGGAAGAUGGACUAGAUGAUGGCAAUUACAGUACACCGACCAGAACUCCUGAAGGUACCUACGUGAGUGUAGAAUAUAUAGACUAUAUACUCUAGAUACAUAAAAGGAUCUAUCUAUAUAUAUAUAUAUAUAUAUAUAUAUAUAUAUAUAUAUACUAUAGAUACAUAAAAGGAUUUAUAUAUAUAUAUUUUACUCGUUUUGUCCUAAAAUUAUUGUCCAAUUUGAGUUUUUUCUUUUUUGUUUAUUUAAUACUAAAAAUAAAAAUCCAAACUGGACAAUUAAUUUGGGACGGAUGGAGUAGUUUAUUAUGUAAACAAGAUUACAUUUGUAGAUAUUGAUGAUGAUGAUUCAAUUAAUUCUAUUUGAUGAUGCGGAGAGAAAACAGAUUUUGUUAAGAAUAUGAGACGGUUAAACAUAUACAGAGCAGCAGUGGAAGGGAAUUGGGAAGAAGCGGUGAAGAUAUUUGAAGCGGAUCCGGAUGCAAAGACAAUGAGAGUGAACGGAAUGAGGAUGACGCCACUGUUGGUCGCAGCCAACUGUGGGAAGUCAGAGUUCGUGGUGAAGUUAGUGGAGAAGGUUCUAGAACCGGAUGACCUGGACAUGAUUGACCAACUCGGCCGCAACGCCCUUCACCACGUAGCGUUAGCAUGCGACGUUAGGGCCGCGGAGGCCAUGGUCAGAAAAAACCGUGAUUUGGUUGAGCGGCCGGAAGUGUACGGGUAUACACCCUUGUUUUACGCUGCUCGAUGGAGGCUGCAGUCCAAGGGUCGAGCGGUGUUGGAUUACCUUUACAGUCAAACACCAUGGGCUGCUAUUGAGGAUCCUGAAACUCAAAGUGAAAAAACUCGCAAUCUGGUCGUCGCAAUCACAACUUCGGGGGCCCAUGAUAUUGCUUUGGAUGUGAUUAAAAAAUAUGAGUAUUUAGCUCUGGCAUCAAACUGGGAGAGAUAUUCUAUCCUGCAUUCCCUAGCACUCCAACCCUCAGCUUUUCUCAGUGGAAGUAAAAUACCACCAUGGAAGAGGAGGUUCUGCAAAUGGUUGAAUAGUGUGAAAAUUACGUCAAAGGAGAUCAAGAUGGUGAUGGAAGAAGAGAAGAAGCACAAGGAUGCAAUGAAACUAGUAGAGUUCAUUUGCGAGAGAUUAAAGACCAAAAGCGAUGCACAGAUAAUGGACUACUUCAUUCCCCAAAACUUUCCGGCAGUAUUAAACGUAGCCACUCGAUCCGGGAUCGUGGAACUGGUAGAAACCUGCCUCAAGAAUUUCCCAGACCUGAUUUGGUACUCCUCCGACUAUGACAAGAAAAAGUUAUUAAUCCACGUGGCAGUGAAGCAUAGGCAGGAAAAGAUAUUCAACUGCAUCACAACUUUGACCGGUCAGAACGCAGGAGCUUAUGCAAAUACCGUGGAUGAACACUAUAACAAUAUCCUUCACUUGGCUGCUCUUUUGGCUCCUAUUCCUCGUCUCCAUUCUGUCCCUGGUCCCGCCUUCCAGAUGCAACGCGAAUUACAAUGGUUUCAGGCAGUGGAAAAAAUAGUUUACAGGGAUGAAAUCGUGGCAAGAAAUAAGGACCAUAAAACACCUCAAGAACUAUUCUACGAGAAGCACGAGAAUUUAAUGAAGGAUGCAAAGGAAUGGAUAAAGGAUACCUCCAACUCAUGCAUGGUGGUGGCGGCGCUGGUGGCCACGGUGGCGUUCGCUUCCAUGAUCACCGUGCCAGGCGGACUCGACAAUGGCACCGGGAAGCCAGUGCUCUCCAACAAGGGAGUCUUCAUCAUCUUCUCCGUAUCCAACGCGUUCUCAAUGAUAAGCUCCGCCGUGGCGCUGCUCAUGUUCCUGUCCCUCCAAACCUCCAGGUUUACAGCCGACGACUUCUUGGAGUUGUUGCCAAAGAAUCUUCUUCAAGGCCUUCUCGCGCUCUUCAUUGCGGUGGCCACAAUGAUGCUUGCUUUUGGAACCGCCAUCGGAAUCGCGCUCCAGAGUAGGGUCAGUUGGGCGUAUAUACCCAUCACGGUGGUGGCGUGUUUCCCUGCGAUUAUCUUCACCAAGUUGCAGCUUCCUUUACUCUAUCAAACCCUAGGUAUCGCUAGGGAUUCUAAGGGUUUGCUACCCAAAUAAAAUUAAUUAUGGAUGCCUUCUCCAUCCCACCACCAAAAUCAAUCAGAUUUGUGUGUUUUCUUCUUCUUCUUCUUUGUUGUUUGUUAAGGAAGAAUGUUAAUUUUGUCCUAGCUAUUUAUUUAUUUAUUUUAAAAAAGGGCUUCGAUUUGCUGUACGUUGCACCUUUAUGUUGGAACCUGUAAUUUUUUCUUCUUAUAAUAAAAUUAUUCGAUCAAUCAACC